AUGGAUCAAGACAAUGACCAAGAGAAUAAAUCUGAUGCAUCAGUAGAUGUUUCGCUGAAGCACAGACGUGGUCUUCCGAGGAAACAUCUGAAAUAUAAUCUAAAACAGGGGGAGAAUCCAAAUCUGAACUGUGUAGGGAAUACCCGUAUCCGACCUAGAUUUGAAGGGUUGAACGGAAAUCAACCCCGUCAAGCAAAUUCAAUCAAUGAUGCAAAUGAUAUAAUGGUAGGUCAUUCUGUUUAUAGUAUUAUUGAGGCAGCAUUUGUUGCAGGAUAUUUGCUCACUGUUAGUGUUGGCAACUUUGACACCACUUUAAGGGGUGUGGUUUUCAAGCCUGGCCAUUUUGUUCCUACUUCAGCUGAGAAUGAUAUGGCACCAAAUGUUCAAAUGAUCAGAAGAAAUGAGAUUUCCUUCCCAAGGGAGAGGAAUGAGCAGCAUGUCAAUUCUCGUAGAAAUGGAUCUGCUCAUUCAUUCAAUGAACCAGCUGUUGUCAACCAGGUGCCUCCGACCUGGUUUUCAAAUCUUGAAGGCUCAAAAAGCAAACAUGUGCAGUUGAUGUCAACACAAUCUGCUUCUCCACUAAUGACCAGAGGCAUUGUGGUGCCUGUUAUGCUCCAAACUACUAAUUUAUCAAACCGCGAAUCAAUUUCCAACCAACCAUAUCUGGUUGUAAGCCAACCAGCUUAUUUGGUGGCCUCUAAAGGCAAACAAGUGUCUGAAGUUGUUGAUACAUCAAAUGAGAGAAAACCCACCAACCAGAUGCCAACAGUUAGAAAUCAAAUAUUUCCUACUUAA